AUGGCGUCGUCGUCGCUCUGUUCCUCUUUCACCUCCAAAACGUGGAACCCGCACGCAUGUUAUCACUACAAAACCCUAACUCCACCGGCUUCUGCUUUUCUUCGCGGAGACCUCCUGCUCCAUCCGCCGUCGAUUUCCGGCACACGUCGGAGCAGGAGGCGUCGAUCGGGUGCCAUGGCGUCCCUCGGAGGUUUGCUCGGCGGCAUCUUCAAAGGCGCUGACACGGGAGAAUCCACGAGGCAGCAAUAUGCUGCAACUGUUAACAUUAUCAAAGGAUUGGAACCGGAGAUUUCUGCAUUGUCGGACUCGGAACUGAGGGACAGGACUUUUGCGCUGCGAGAACGCGCGCAACAGGGCCAGUCUUUGGAUUCUAUCUUGCCGGAGGCGUUUGCUGUGGUGAGAGAAGCUUCGAAGAGGGUUCUUGGCCUUCGUCCCUUCGAUGUCCAGCUCAUAGGUAGUCUUUCAAGAGGAAAAGUUAUGAAUAUUGUUAGUUUGGGUCAUGUAGGAGGCAUGGUUCUUCACAAAGGGGAAAUAGCUGAAAUGAGAACUGGAGAAGGGAAGACAUUGGUUGCGGUUUUGCCAGCUUAUUUAAAUGCAUUAAGUGGGAAGGGAGUUCAUGUCGUAACUGUCAAUGAUUAUCUGGCUAGGCGGGAUUGUGAGUGGGUUGGUCAGGUUCCACGCUUUCUAGGAUUGAAGAGUGUCGAAGAUCUUGUUGUAAGGGGUUUCAAUUACUGUAUCAUUGAUGAGGUUGAUUCAAUUCUUAUUGAUGAAGCUAGAACACCACUUAUUAUAUCAGGACCUGCAGAGAAACCCAGUGAUCGAUAUUAUAAGGCUGCAAAGAUUGCAGAAGCAUUUGAGAGAGACAUACAUUACACUAUCACUGUAAGCAAAUCUGGGCUGCUUGGCAAUGCGAAUAAAAUUCUGUCAUUCACAUUGCCUAACAACUGGGUGCUUUUCAUGGUGGAUGAAAAACAAAAAACAGUUCUACUUUCUGAGCAGGGUUAUGAAGAUGCUGAAGAAAUUUUAGCUGUCAAAGAUUUAUAUGAUCCACGGGAACAGUGGGCUUCAUAUAUCCUAAAUGCGAUAAAAGCAAAAGAACUCUUUCUUCUAGAUGUAAACUACAUUAUCCGUGGAAAAGAGGUCCUUAUUGUUGAUGAGUUUACUGGUCGAGUCAUGCAGGGGAGAAGGUGGAGUGAUGGCCUUCACCAAGCAGUUGAGGCAAAAGAAAGGCUGCCAAUUCAAAAUGAAACUGUCACACUGGCUUCCAUCAGUUACCAGAAUUUCUUUCUUCAGUUUCCCAAACUUUGUGGCAUGACUGGCACUGCAGCAACAGAAAGCACAGAAUUUGAGAGCAUUUACAAGCUUAAAGUUACAAUUGUGCCAACAAACAAACCUAUGAUAAGAAAGGAUGAAUCUGAUGUAGUUUUUAGGGCAACUUCAGGGAAAUGGCGUGCAGUUGUAGUGGAAAUCUCUAGGAUGCACAAAACUGGUCGACCAGUGCUUGUUGGCACGACUAGUGUUGAGCAGAGCGAUGCUUUGUCAGAGCAAUUGAAAGAAUCUGGAAUUCCACAUGAGGUGUUGGCUCAAGUGGUUGAGCUUUUUGAUUGGAAAUCGAAUGGGGGGUGUUCAACAUGUGUCCUACCGAAGUUGGUUUCAGAAAAACAUGUUCUUAAUGCAAAACCAGAAAAUGUUGAGAGGGAAGCAGAAAUUGUGGCACAGAGUGGUCGUCUUGGGGCAGUUACAAUUGCAACCAAUAUGGCUGGUCGUGGGACAGAUAUAAUCCUUGGUGGUAAUGCUGAAUUUAUGGCACGGUUGAAGCUUCGUGAGAUGCUGAUGUCUAGAGUUGUUAAGCCAGCCGAAGAGGGCUUUGUUUCAAUAAAGAAGCCUCCUCCCUACAAGACAUGGAAGGUGAAUGAGAAGUUACUCCCUUGCCAACUAUCAAAUAAAAAUGUGGACUUGGUUGAAAAGGCUGUGCAAUUAGCUGUUGAAACAUGGGGCAAAAGAUCAUUAACUGAGCUUGAAGCAGAGGAGCGCCUAUCCUAUGCAUGUGAAAAGGGCCCUGCUCAAGAUGAAGUCAUUGCCAAGCUGAGAAAUGCAUUUUUGGAAAUUGGAAAAGAAUACAAAGUCUUCACUGAGGAAGAGAGGAAGAAGGUUGUGGAAGCUGGUGGACUACAUGUAGUGGGCACAGAGCGUCAUGAAUCACGUCGAAUUGAUAAUCAGCUGCGUGGUCGAAGUGGCAGACAAGGAGAUCCUGGAAGCUCACGCUUUUUUUUAAGUCUUGAAGAUAACAUAUUUCGUAUUUUUGGUGGAGAUCGAAUUCAGGGUUUAAUGCGAGCUUUCAGAGUUGAAGACCUACCUAUUGAGUCCAAGAUGCUGACCAAAGCAUUAGAUGAAGCCCAAAGGAAAGUGGAGAACUAUUUCUUUGACAUUCGGAAGCAGUUGUUUGAGUAUGAUGAAGUACUUAACAGCCAAAGAGAUCGAGUUUACACUGAGAGAAGACGAGCUCUUGAAUCUGACAAUCUUCAGUCUCUUCUUAUUGAAUAUGCUGAAUUGACAAUGGAUGACAUUUUAGAGGCAAACAUUGGUUCUGAUACUCCAAAGGACAGCUGGGAUCUUGAAAAACUAAUUGCAAAAAUUCAGCAAUAUUGCUACUUGUUGAAUGAUUUAACCCUUGAUUUGCUGACGAACGAGUGUUCAGACUAUGAAGAAUUGCGGAAUUAUCUCCGUCUUCGUGGUCGUGAAGCCUACAAGCAGAAAAGGGAUAUUGUGGAGGAACAAGCAGCUGGCUUGAUGAAAGAAGCAGAGCGGUUCUUAGUCUUGAGCAAUAUCGAUCGCUUGUGGAAGGAACAUCUGCAAGCACUAAAGUUUGUUCAGCAAGCCGUAGGUUUACGCGGAUAUGCGCAGCGCGAUCCACUUAUUGAGUAUAAACUUGAAGGCUAUAACCUUUUCUUGGAUAUGAUGGCACAAAUAAGAAGAAAUGUCAUAUAUUCUGUAUAUCAGUUCCAACCUGUGCUAGUAAAGCAAGAUCAGAAUAAAACGGAGAAUGGCAAAUCAGGAAAACGUAAUGCACGCAAUCGGGUUAAUCCAAAUCCUGAUCCAAUUGGUACCAUCGAGACUUCAACAUCAAGUACUAAGUCCUAA